AUGGAAGUUAAAUUAGCAGUCCAGGUCCUCAGCAAGUCAGUCGCCAUUGCUCUGAGAGAAAGUGGUAAAGAGGAUGUCACCGGUACUGCCCAGUUCUGUGAAAUGAUGAAUGGGUUCUUUGACUGUACUAAUGUGAGGUCACUGAUCGAGCACAUCAGGAAAAAUAAUUCAUUCAUCAUGCCAUACAAGUCUCCUGUAGAUGAGCAAUUGACCUGGUUGAUUGAAAGAUGUUUUCCUCACUACCUGGAAAGCUGCAAACAAAUUACUCUGACACACGAAGGAGAGUACACACCUAAUGCCAGACACAAAAUGUUUAUCUCUUCCCAACAUAUGAAGGCCUGA